CGCGAACCGGCCGCAAUCAAUGUGAAUAUGGUUUCAUUUUAUGUGCUAGAUUAUGAUGAUAAUAUAGAAAAGUGUCGCAUCACUAACGCGGGCGCACGAAUACGGAAUGUUGCCGUCUGCAAGAUCCACACAGACCCGAUUUGCACAAUUACCACGGAUCCAGUCACACUGACCGAUCUGUUGCUAAAUUUGCGAUGCUUUCCGUGGUUUAGGCUUAGAGUGGCCAAUGCCCUCGUGUCACGGGCGUUGGUGGUUAUAAAAUUAGUUCCUCCGAAGAACGAACAUUUAGAUUAUCACUGGGGCGAACGAGCCGUUCGGAUGCUAUGGGAGAUCAACGAACUGAACGAAAUGAUGGCUUGGCUGUCGACACUCGGAGGAGCCUUUUCGGCGCUCGGUGAUUACCAGCUAGCAUGUGCAGACACGGCCGGUGAAAUAUCGAUCCACCAAAUGAAGCUCGCCUUCCGCCUGGGUGACCCAUCGCUUGUCGCACGUUGCCGCCUGUACCUUGCGAUCUCGCUAAUCCAAAAAUAUGAGUUCAGUGCCGCUAAACACAUCGUCCAGACAGUGUAUCGGACCGAAAAGCGACAGGCGGAACCAGAAACGCGUUUACUUAAGAUGUGCCAUGGCAUAUGGGCGAAAAUGCGCUACGAGUACGACCAACACCAACGAAACCAGGGUCGCAAGAAAACGUAAAACGUGUGUGUCUUCAUAAUGUUGUGAUCAAAU